AUGGAGGCUUGCCGGAGAGCCGAUUGGUCGGGGCUUUGCACAGAAAUCCUCUCAUUGAUCGCCGGUAACCUUGAAACUCAACUCGACGCCCACAAUUUCCGAUCAGUUUUCAAGAAUUGGAGUUAUUCUAUCUCUUCUCAAAUCCCUAAAACCCUACCUAUUAUAUCUUCUGGCUAUCCAAGUUUCCAGAUAACAGCGAAUGCAGUCUGUCUUCUCCGAUCACGUAAAUUCCCGGAAUCCAAACCCUUCCUCAUCACUGUCGAAGAAUUCGAAAAAGGAUUUAAACUUGUUUGUCUGUCAAACCCUUCAUCAAUUGAUAAUUCCUUCAAAUUCUUCCGGCGUAAAUCUGGUAUUGUUUACAUAACUGAACUCACGCGUCAUCAGAUGUUAUCCCUCGAUUCCAAUCGGGAAUUUGACGACAUUGUUGAAUUCCAGAACAGGGUUUUCAUCCUCCAUGGUAAAGGGAUACUUUAUGCUUUCUCAUAUGACUCAAAAUUAAAAUACGAGUGUGUUGUUUCAAACCCUCAUGUCUAUCAUCGAUCGAGUCAAAAGCGUCUUGUUGUUGAUGAUCGCUCCAAUGUCUUGUAUUUAAUUGUUAAAGGUAAUGACAUUUACAAUUGUGGAAGGAUACAUUUAGAGGUGUGCAAGCUAAACGAAGAGGGUGGUAACUGGGUUAAAGUUCGUACCAUUGGUAAAGAUAGAGUACUGUUUGUGGGGGCUGAUUGGUGUUUCUUUGCAUCUACUGCUGAUUUUCCGGGUUGUAGAGGGAAUUGUGUAGUCUUUCAUGAAAGUUCUUUCUCGCCGUACAAGGAAAAGGAGUAUGAAAUACGGGUGUUUCAUUUAGAGGAUGGAGAUGGUGGACUCAUAUCUGGUUAUCCUGAAUAUACUGGUGUAUUGUGGUCACCUCCUCCUUCAUGGAUUCUCCAACGAGACCUUCAAAAGGAAAUUCGGUAA